CAUAUCGCAAAUGUCAGGCAGACGACUUCCAGUGCGGCAUGGAGGGCGCGGGGCCCGGCAAGAUCUCAUCACAGGGUCCAUGCAUACCUAAAGAAAAGAAAUGUGACGGGUACCUAGACUGCCGCACGGGGCGCGACGAGCAGGAUUGCCCGGAGCCGGGGCUGGCGUGCCGGCUCGACCAGUUCCGCUGCGCCUCCGGCACCAAGUGCGUCGACUCCGCCGUCAAGUGCGACCACAAGGACGACUGCGGUGACAACUCGGAUGAAGCACACUGCAGUUUCCCUCCAUGCCACAUCGGUCAGUUCCGCUGCAGCAACGCGCUGUGCAUCCCGGCGACGUACCAGUGCGACGGCUACAAGGACUGCUCGGACGGCUCGGACGAGGGCAACUGCACCGCCAUCGCCUGCCUCGAUAACAAGUACCUGUGCCCUAAGGGCGGGCCCGGGGGCACACACAAGUGCAUCGCGCGCUCGCAGCUGUGCGACGGCAAGAAGGACUGCGAGGACAACGCGGAUGAAGAGAAGGCUUGCUCUAAGGCGUCAUGUCCGGCGAUGGAAUGCGAGUACAAGUGCGUGGCGUCGCCCUCCGGCGGCGUGUGCACGUGCGCGCCGGGGCUCACGCUGGCGCCCGACAACCGCACGUGCGUGGACCGCGACGAGUGCCGCGAGUGGGGCUACUGCCACCAGCUCUGCGUCAACACUCCUGGCUCGUACAAGUGUGCCUGUGCCCCGGGCUACACGCUGGUGGACAACGGUCGCUGCGCGUCGAGCGCGUCGGCGGCGCCGGCGCUGCUGCUGGCGCACGCGGCCGCCGUGCUGCGCAUGGACCUGCACGGCCGCGCGCCCACACACCUCGCCAACGCCACCGCCGCCGCCGGACUCGACUUCCACUACAGGAGGAACCUCUUGUUCUGGUCCGAUCUUAAGACUAGAAAGAUCCACUCGCAGCAGCUGAGCGUGCCGGCGGGCGUGACCAGCUACACGGGCACGGACAUCACGGUGGCCGGCUCGUGGGCGCCCGUGGCCCUGGCCGUGGACUGGGUGGGCGACAAGCUGUACGUGGCUGACGCUAUCGGCCAAAAGAUCGAUGUGUUCGAGCUGGACGGCCGCUGGCAUGCUGUUGUGCUGGGUUCUAACCUCACCAACCCCGCUGACUUGGCUCUCGACCCCACGUUAGGGUUGAUGUUUGUUGCUGACAGCAGUCAGAUCAUCAGAGCUAACAUGGACGGCACGCACUCCAAAUCCAUCGUCUCUGAAGCGGCAUACAAAGCGUCGGGUAUCGCAGUCGACAUCAUCGCACGAAGGAUAUUCUGGUGUGAUUCCCUGCUGGACUAUAUAGAGACGGUAGACUACGAUGGUAACCAUCGAUUCCUGGUCCUCAGAGGGCAACAGGUCCCCAGCCCCUCCAGACUGGCGCUGUUCGAAGACAGGGUCUACUGGUCAGAUAACACCAAGCAAGGGAUCAGCUCAGUCAACAAGUACGAAGGUCCCUCCAGUAUACAAGCAAUCUACAAGAUGAAAGAUAUCCGAGAACCCAAAGCUAUUACUGUGAUCCACUCGCUCAAGCAAACCUCAGUAAACAAUCCGUGCGGCACGAAUAACGGAGGAUGCUCGCAGAUGUGUAUAGUGACCGCUCUACAGAACGGCGGCCUGGGCUACCGCUGCGCGUGUAACAUCGGCUAUAGACUGGAAACCGAUUUAAGAAACUGUGAUCUUGUUAAAGAGUUCCUUAUGUACUCCCAGCAGAGGUUUAUUAAAGGAAAAGUACUGAACCCAGUGAUAGAGGGCUUCAGCGAUGCCAUCUUACCAGUAGUGUCGAGAAGAGCUAGAUUUGUAGGAUUAGACUUUGAUGCUCGAGACGAACACAUCUACUACUCGGAUGUGCUGCAAGAUGUUAUAUACAGAGUGCACCGGAAUGGAACCACUAAGGAAAUAGUUCUAGCAUCACAAAAUGAAGGUGUUGAAGGUUUAGCAGUAGACUGGGCGUCAAAGAAUCUGUACUACAUAGACUCUAGGAAAGGAACCCUAAACGUGUUAUCUACUAGAAACGUAGCUUACAAAAGAACUUUACUAAAAGACUUGAAGAGGCCGCGAGCAAUUGUCGUACAUCCAAACAAAGGUUUUAUUUUCUUCUCAGAAUGGGACAGGCCAGCCAACAUCAGCAGAGCGUACACCGAUGGAACUAACUUAUUAGUAUUCGAGAACGUGACGCUCGGCUGGCCCAACGGUUUGUCCAUAGACUUUGAUUCCGACAGACUGUACUGGUGCGACGCUCUGCUCGACCACGUGCAACACUCCAAGCUGGACGGUACCGACGUCAAGACUGUUAACUCAAGACUGAUUAGACAUCCAUUCUCCAUUGUCAUCCACAAAGAAUUUAUGUACAUAACGGACUGGAGGCUGGACGCUAUUGUAAGGCUGCACAAGCUGACCGGUGAGCAAGAGGACAUUAUGGUCCGCGAACCGCAAACCAACAGGCUCUACGGUGUAAAAGUGUACAGUGAGGAAAUACAGAGGAUAGAUCCGAUGCAGCCAUGUUCGAGGGACAAUGGAAACUGUCAAAAGUUAUGUUUUGCAGUGCCUAGAAAUAACACAGAGUUGCUGACGGUGAAGUGCGGCUGUCCGUACGGCGAGAAGCUGGGCGGCGACGGCACGAGCUGCGUGGCCGACCCCAACUCCGAGCCGCCCGUGCAGGCCUGUCCGCACUCCUGGGACUUCACCUGCAGCAACCAGCGCUGCAUACCCAAGAGCUGGGUGUGCGACGGCGACGACGACUGCCUCGACAACAGCGACGAGGAGCAGAACUGCACUAAAACGACAUGUAGAUCAUCAGAGUUCAUGUGUAAGUCUGGUCGGUGCAUUCCGGCAACAUUUAAGUGUGACUCUGAGAACGACUGCGGCGACUUCUCGGACGAGACGGGCUGCGUCAACGUGACCUGCAGCUCCUCGCAGUUCCAGUGCGACAACGGCCGCUGCGUGCCCAACACCUGGAAGUGUGACUCCGAGAACGACUGCGGAGACGGAUCUGAUGAGGGCUCUCACUGUGCAGAGAAGACUUGUGCUUACUUCCAGUUCACAUGUCCGCGCACGGGGCACUGUAUCCCGGCGUCGUGGGUGUGCGACGGUGACGACGACUGCUUCGACAAGCAGGACGAGGCGGACUGCCCGCCCGUGUCCUGCCUCGCCAGCCAGUUCAAGUGCGCUGACCUCAAGCAGUGCGUGCAGGAAGCUUACAAAUGUGACGGUAUCCCCGAUUGUAACGACGGCAGUGACGAGGCGGGCUGCCCGUCGCUGGCGCCGCACCAGUGCCAGCCUGACAAGCAGUUCCAGUGCCGCUCCUCUGGCAUCUGUAUCCCCACCACGUGGUAUUGUGAUGGCACUCCGGACUGCGAGGACCUGUCGGACGAGCCGGCGGCGUGCGGCGCGGCGGCGUGCGGGCCGGCGCACUUCCGCUGCGACAACGGGCGCUGCGUGUUCAAGGCCUACGUGUGCGACGGCCGCGACGACUGCGGCGACGGCAGCGACGAGGGCCGCGCGCACGCCUGCCAGCCGCCCGCCCUGCGCUGCCCGCCGGGCGGCUGGCCGUGCCCCGGCGUCACGGGCCGCUGCGUCAACCUCACGCAGGUCUGCGACAACAACUUCGACUGCCCCAACGGUGCCGACGAAGGUUUUAGCUGCGAUUUUGCUGAAUGUGAACACCAAGACGGGAUGUGCUCAAAUGGUUGCAAACAGACUCCGAAUGGACCGUUAUGUUUGUGUCCGCCUGGUGAAGAAUUAGACGUCGAUGGUACCAACUGCAAAGACAUAGAUGAGUGCAAUCCUCCCGGACUCUGCUCACAAACGUGUACCAAUACUAAGGGUUCUUACGUCUGCUCGUGCGUGGAUGGCUACCUAUUAACUAUGAACAAUCAUACAUGCAAAGCCAACAAUCAUUCUAGUGCAUUCCUAAUCAUCUCGAACAGGCAUUCUAUAUUAGUGGCCGACCUUAACGAACAGGGUCUCGAAAGAGUGCCCAUUAACGUGGAAAAUGUUGUUGCAACAGCAUCCAACAUGCAUACAGGGACUAUAUUCUGGUCAGACAUGAAGCUGAAGAAGAUUUCUAGAUUAGACCGCGGUAGCGAACCACAGGUCAUCAUUUCCACAGGAUUGGAUCUCGUAGAAGGUCUGGCCUAUGACUGGGUAGGAGGAAAUAUUUACUGGCUGGACAGCAAACUCAAUACUAUCGAAGUGGCCAGAGAAGACGGCAGCGCUAGGACUGCUCUACUGAGCGGUAACAUUACCCAGCCGAGAGGAAUGUGCCUCGACCCGGCCCCGAACGCAAGGUGGUUGUUCUGGACUGAUUGGGGAGAAAACCCUCGUAUCGAAAGGGUCGGAAUGGACGGUACACAAAGAUCGGCCAUUAUUACUACUAAAAUCUACUGGCCUAACGGAUUAACCCUUGACACAGCGACACAGAGGGUGUACUUCGCCGACUCUAAACUGGACUUUAUCGAUUUCUGUUAUUACAAUGGCACCGGCAGACAGCAGGUGCUAGCUGGCAGCCACUACCUUCUCCACCCGCAUUCCUUAACGUUAUUCGAAGACACGUUGUACUGGACCGACCGUCAGUUGAACAGGGUGUUGUCAGCUCACAAGUUCAAGGGCACCAACCAGACCGUCGUCUCUCAUUUGAUAUCGCAGCCGCUGUCCAUCCACGUCCACCACCCGUCUCUACAGCCGCAGUACACAUCGCCCUGCAAGAAGGACACAUGCCAGCACCUAUGUCUGCUCAGUCCUAAUAAGACGAUAAGCUACACUUGCAUGUGCAAACCUGGAUUUAAAUUGUUACCUGACGGCAAGUGUAUUGAAGAGGAAUCAGCGUACCUGAUGGUACUUAAAGGAAGCCAAGUCAUCGAUCUAUCAAUGGACGGUUCCGGCCGCGCUGGACAACUUGCUCCAAUUGUUGGAAUUCAAGGAGGAGUCCAACUGGACUAUGACCGACAAGGCCACAUGCUGUACUGGCUGCAAUCCAUAUCUGGAGACAGCGAUGAUGACGAGAAUUGUACAAUAUACAGUAUGCCUUAUGGCGGUGGUAAUAAGGUCGAGUUCUUCGGGUCCGACAAUGGCAUCGUGGGUGCUCCUUCUUCGAUCGCGUUUGACUGGCUCGGCAGAAACUUAUACAUGGCCAACAGAGUCGCCAGUAACAUCGAAUUAGUAAGAGUUGAUGGCAAAGUAAAGUACAGGUCUAUCGUGAUGGCUAAUGAUGGCAGUAGAACCUCCGUAGCCAAACCUAAAGGCAUCUGCUUAGAUCCUACUGAAGGCAAAAUGUACUGGUCAGAUGAAGGCGGCUUCGGAGUGCCAGCUAAAAUAGGCAAAGUUAAUAUGGAUGGCACCAAUCCUAUCAUUCUUGUGGACAACAUCGAGAGGCCAGAGGCCGUCACCAUUGAUGUUGAGAAGAAAAUUUUAUACUUCAGUGCGCAAUACCCGGCGAGCGUAAACAGCGUUAACACAGAAGGAAAUGACAGAAAAACCAUAUUGGCGGAAGCGGCUGGCAUAUCAUACCCUAAAGUGAUUGCAGUCCUUGAUUCCAGACUGUACGUCUUGGAUCCACUGCACGAGAAGAUCAUUAAGGCUGACUUGCCUAACGGAGACAACAUUAAGGCUGUAUUAGACAAUGAGAGCGAUUUGAAAUCAUUUACGGUAUUCCAGAAGAGGAAAAUGGUCCAUCACCCAUGCUCUCAGAACAACGGAGGCUGCGAACAGAUCUGUAUCCCCGGUGACGGCGGGUCUCGGAUCUGUGCGUGCUCGGUGGGCUACAGGAAAGAAAACGAGGUUAACUGCGUCCCUUACAAGACCUUCGCGGUAGUAUCACAGCUGGACUUAAUCAGAGGUUACAGUAUCGAUUCCAGUGCCGAGGCAAUGGUCCCAGUAACCGGACUCGGGCACCACAUCCUACACGUUGAUGUCCAUUUCGCUGCCAAUUAUAUCUACUGGGUAGAAUUUAAUCGUGGACAAUGGAACGGCAUUUUCCGUAUACGACCGAACGGCACUGAACUACAACAUAUUGUUAAAGAUGGUAUCGGCAGCAAUGGCAUACGUGGAUUAGCGAUCGACUGGGUGGCGGGAAACCUCUACUUUACAAAUGUCUUUCCUCACGAAAACUAUGUUGAGAUGUGUUGGCUAGAUGGCUCUAACAGGAAGGUAUUAGUCAAAACUACAAUGGAUGCUCCUCGAGAGUUGGCCGUCAACCCUCUGAAAAGACUGUUGUACUGGAUCGACUAUGGUCAGUACCCACGUAUCGGAAAAGCCUACUUAGACGGUAGCAACUGGCAAACUGUUGUGAGCUCUGGAAUAUCGAAUCCGAGAGAUCUGACAAUAGAUAUGCUGACUCACGAUGUCUACUGGGUGGACUCUAAACUAGACCAAAUACAAAAGAUUUCCUUCAAUGGCGGCAAUAGGCAGUUGAUUAGAUCGAACUUACCAAACCCUAUGGGCAUUGCGAUACACACAGGCAGCGUAUAUUGGGUUGAUCGCAACUUGCAAACUAUCUACAAAGCAUCAAAACUGCCAGGCAACAUGUCAAUGCCAGAAAAAGUAAGGAUAAACCUACCGAAACUAAGAGAUAUCGUUAUAUUUGACGUGAACAACCAGCCAACAGAUGAAAACAACCCCUGCAGAAAGUUAGGCAAUGGCGGAUGUGACCAGUUAUGCUUUAGUUACCCACCUGAAGCAAACAAAGGCUACACACACAAAUGUGACUGCGCCACAGGACAGAUAUCAGCUACCAACCCAAAGAAGUGUGAUGUCGUAGACCAGUACCUUGUAUUCACCACCAGGACGGAGAUCCGCGCCAUCAACCUGGACCCCAAGUCCACCGGAGUACCUUUCAAACCCGUCGUGAACUUGACAAACGUCGUUGGCGUCGAAUUCGACUACGCCGACAACAAGUUAUUCUUCACACAAAUCAGACCUUGGGCAAGAAUCGGUUGGAUGUCCGCAAACAACCCGGAUCCAUCUACAAUCCAAAAUAUCAUCAGCAAGGGAAUCAACCCCGAAGGCAUAUCGUACGACUGGACUCAGAAAAAGGUUUACUGGACUGACAGCUCAAACAAUUCCAUUUACGCUAUGAAUUUGGAUGGCACCGAACUUGUAAUGAUAGCCAGGGUAGAGAGACCUCGAGCUAUUGUGGUAGAUCCUUGCAAUGGAACGCUGUACUACACUGACUGGGGACGAUUUGGUACUUCUGGAAAGAUCUAUAGAACAACCAUGGCGGGAUCGUUAAAGAAAGCUAUUAUCGAUAAAGACCUUUCACAGCCUAGCGGUUUGACUAUUGAUUUUGAUGAAAGCAUGUUAUACUGGACAGACGCUGUUCGAGAGAAAAUUGAAAGAUCUAAAAUGGAUGGUUCGGACAGAGAAGUCCUUAUAAGCGCGACCAUUUACCCAUUCGCUAUAACAGUAUUUGGAAACUACAUUUAUUGGACGGACCUACAGCUUCGCGGUGUUUACAGAGCAGAAAAACACACCGGUGCUAAUAUGAUCGAAAUGGUUAAACGUUUGGAAGACUCUCCUCGUGAUAUUCACAUAUACAGUAGCAGCAGACAGAAGUGCCAGGUCAACCCUUGUAAGAUCAGCAACGGAGGCUGCGCGCACAGCUGCCACCCGGCGCCCAACAACACAGUUGAAUGCAAAUGUGACGACAACACUAAACUUGUCAACGAAGGACGUAUGUGUGUCGCCAAGAAUAUCACUUGUGACCCGAGCAAGUUCUCCUGCGCUAACGGAAAAUGUAUCAGCAAAAUGUGGUCUUGUGAUGGUGACGAUGACUGCGGUGACAACUCCGAUGAAGACAAGAACUACUGCACCUACCACUCUUGCUCACCUAGUGAGUUCCGCUGUAAUAAUGGAAGGUGUAUCUUCCAAUCAUGGAAAUGUGACCACGAAAACGACUGCAAAGAUGGAUCAGAUGAAGAAGGCUGUGUAUACCCACCUUGCGCUGAAGGAGAAUUCACUUGCCUGAAUUCACGCUGCAUACCUAAAACACAAGUUUGUAAUGGCAUCAACGACUGUAAAGACAACAUCACAUCCGACGAAACACAUGAGCGUUGUCCCAUGAAUACAACCUGCCCAACGAACCACCUCAAAUGCGAGAAAACGAAUAUUUGUGUUGAACCGUACUGGCUGUGCGACGGAGACAAUGACUGUGGUGACAACUCUGACGAGGAUCCGCUACACUGUGCUCAAAGAACGUGUCCUCAAAAUAGUUUCCGCUGCCCCAACCAUCGAUGCAUUCCUGCUACUUGGUACUGUGACGGUGAUGACGACUGUGGUGACGGAGCUGAUGAACCACCAGAAUACUGCCGCUCCGAGGGACGUACUUGUUUUGGAGACCUGUUCACUUGUGACAACGGUAAUUGCAUACCUAGGAUAUACAUUUGUGAUGGCGACAACGAUUGUCUUGAUAAUAGUGAUGAAGACGACCGCCAUCAGUGCAACGAACGCAAGUGUGACGCUGAAACAGAGUACACUUGUGAAGAAAACAAGUUCUGGCAACGUGCGCAAUGUAUACCAAAGAAAUGGAUAUGUGAUGGCGACCCUGACUGUAUCGAUGGCGCUGAUGAAAAUUCUACAAUCCAUCAUUGCGCAACGCCUCCUCCGUGUUCUGAUGAUCAAUUCCAAUGCAACAAUGGGCGCUGCAUUAACGAAGGAUGGGUGUGUGAUCACGACAAUGACUGUGGUGACGGUUCCGACGAAGGCAAGCGCUGUAACACUCAGUAUAAGACGUGUACCGAUCAAGAAUUCAAAUGCCAAAAUUUCAAGUGCAUCAGAAAUCACUUUAGGUGCGACGGCGAGGAUGACUGCGGCGACCAUUCUGACGAAGUUGGAUGUGUUAAAGAAAACAAGACUUGUCCUAAUGGACAAUUCAAGUGUAACAACGAUCAAUGCAUUGAUAGUCGGCUGGUGUGCAACAAGGUAUCAGACUGUACAGACGACUCCGACGAACCUGCGCACUGUAAUGUCGACGAAUGUGCUAAAUUGGAAAUAAAUCAAUGUGGGCACAAAUGUAUUGACACUAUUACUGGCUAUUACUGCGACUGUAAUCAAGGCUACAAGCUGCUUGGCGACGGAAAAGCCUGCGCUGACAUAGAUGAAUGUAUCGAAACGCCAGGAGUGUGCUCACAGUACUGUUCUAACACCCCGGGAUCAUAUUACUGUAAGUGUAACGACCAGUAUUAUGAAAGGGAACCUGACGAGCAUACCUGCAAACGAAAAGACAACAUAACAGCUUGGAUCAUUUUCACUAAUAAGUACUACGUCCGAAACAUGUCCACAGACGCCUCCCUUUACAAUCUAAUGCACCAAGAUCUAAUGAACGUCGUGGCCAUUGACUUUGAUUUCAAAGAACAGAGAAUGUAUUUCGCUGAUGUUUCAGCCAAGACUAUUUACAGAUCAAACUACACAGACCCUAAUCCCACGAAAGAGGUUGUUAUUCGUCACGACUCUCACGGUCUCGAAGGUAUCGCAGUGGACUGGAUUGGAAGGAAGCUUUACUGGCUUGACAGACAUUCGAAGAACCUGGACGUCUCGGAAUUAGAUGGUACUAGAAGAAAGACACUGAAGACCGGUGUCACCGACCCCCGAGCGAUUGUGGUUCAUCCAGGAACAGGUUACCUGUACUUCACUUCGUGGCACUUGCAAGCCUACAUUGGUAAGCUGGGUAUGGAUGGCUCAAACUUUACUUCUAUUCUAAAUUGGGAAGAUGAUAUCGCUUGGCCAAACGCUUUGACAUUAGAUUACUUUACUGACAGAAUAUACUGGGCUGAUGCUCACUUGGAUUACAUAGGCUCGGCAGAUUUAGAAGGAAGACACAGACAUGUGGUGCUUUCUGGAUCCAAGGUACCGCAUGUUUUCGCCCUCAGUCUAUUUGACGAUGAAAUUUACUGGACUGACUGGAACCUCAAAGCCAUUAGUAAGGCACACAAACAUUCCGGAGAGAAUUUGACUAUUCUUAGAAACACAACUCAUAGGCCUUAUGAUAUCCACGUGGUACAUCCUUUAAGACAACUAUCGUACCCCAACCCUUGUGGAGACAACAACGGUGGAUGCUCACACCUUUGUCUAAUAGCACCUCCGCACGAGUCCAGCUAUUUGAACAUUGAGGGUUACGGAGAAGAGGGUGCCACAACAUACAAAUGUGCUUGUCCAAACCAAUUCUACCUUGCUAGAGACAUGAAGACUUGCAUUGCCAACUGCACAGACGGUCAGCACAGGUGUAAUGGGCGUGAUGAGAAAUGCAUCCCAUGGUUCUGGAAGUGCGACGGUGAAAAGGACUGUAUGGAUGGUUCUGACGAGCCCGACACAUGCCCAGUACGACACUGCCGAGCUGGCUCAUUCCAAUGUAAGAACACCAACUGUACGCCAGCUGCCACUAUAUGUGAUGGUACCGAUGACUGCGGUGACGGCAGUGACGAGUCAGAGUGUUCGCACGAAUGUCCUCUUCUAGAAUUCAAGUGCAAAGCUAGCGGUAGGUGUAUCUUGGAUAGCUGGAAGUGUGAUGGCGACACAGACUGCAAGGACAACAGCGACGAAGAUCCUGCCAUGUGUCAUAACAGACCUUGUAACCCUGACACCGAAUUUGCGUGCAAGAACGGACGCUGCAUACCUAAAUUAUGGAUGUGUGACUUCGACAAUGACUGCGGAGAUGAUUCUGAUGAACCCGCUUACAUGUGCCGACAAAAGAAUUGCACAACAGGUUGGAGAAGAUGCCCAGGGCAAGCAAACUACAGAUGUAUACCAAAAUGGCUCUUCUGCGACGGCAAAGAUGACUGCAGAGAUGGAUCUGACGAGUUACCGGAAAACUGUCCGUCCUGCAAUUCAGAAACAGACUUUACCUGCGACAAUAAACGCUGCAUACCUAAACAAUGGCUCUGCGAUUUCACCGACGAUUGUGGAGAUGGCAGCGACGAAUCGGAAACUGUUUGCCAACACAAGUACAGAGAAUGUUCAGAAUCUGAAUUUAAGUGCGGUAAUGGUAAAUGUAUAUCUUCGAGAUGGCGUUGCGAUCAUGAAGAUGACUGUGGAGACAAUACGGAUGAGGCCGACUGCGGAGGCUUCAAGUGCAAGAAUGGAACUUUCCAAUGUAAAUCAGGACACUGCAUCGCUGCUUACUUCAGAUGCGAUGGAGACAGGGAUUGUAGGGAUCUGUCUGAUGAAAUCGGCUGCCCACCACGUUACCCUGGAGGCAGAUACUGUCCAGAGAGCCGAUUCCAGUGCGCCAAUAACUUGUGCGUGUCUCAAUCAGACUUGUGUGACGGAACUGAUGAUUGCGGUGAUGGUUCCGACGAGGCAGCUUCCAUCUGCACUAACUUUAACUGCGACACGCUGAGACGGUUCCACUGCGAUAACCAUAGAUGUGUGCCGAGAUACCAAGUGUGUGACGGCGUGGACAACUGCGGCGACGGCUCGGACGAGAACAACAUGACCCUGUGCGCGGCCCGCAUCAAGCCGUGCGACCCUUACACGCAGUUCCAGUGCGCCAACAGGCACUGCGUGGACCGCACGCAGCUCUGCGACUUCGCUGACGACUGCGGCGACGCCUCGGACGAGCUGGGCUGCCAUCACACACACACCUGCUCUCAUAUGGAUAAAGGUGGCUGCGAACAUUUCUGCACGAACUUAACUCAGAUCGGCGGCGCUGGCGGGUACAUCUGUACCUGCUACCAGGGAUGGAUCAUUUCACCGGUAGACAAGAAAAAGUGUGUGGACGUUAACGAGUGCGCCGCUGGUACCCACCACUGCUCUCAGAUCUGCAACAACUUGAACGGAAGCUACAGCUGCGACUGUCGAGAAGGAUUCAAAUUGGCUGACAACCUGUCAGGCGUAUGCAAAGUUACAGAAGACGAGGUUGUGUUAUUAUUUGCUAACGGACCAGAAAUUCACGCAUUUGCCCAAGACAAGAAUGAGGAGUUCGAUGUGAUUACGUCAGAGAAGAGAAUCGAGGCCAUCGACUACGACCCUAAACAUGAGAUGAUAUUCUGGGCCGACAGCUACGACAAAACAAUCAAACGCUCGUACAUGAUUAAUGCUCUGAAUGGUCAGGCCAAGACUGGAUUCGCCCAGGACUUGAACAUGAAGGGCAACUCAAAACCGACCGCGCUUGCUGUCGACUAUAUAGGAGACAAUCUGUACUGGACAGAAACAGACCGAACUGGUUCCAAACCCAGAGGACGAGUUAUGGUGGCUAGAACAGACGGAAGGUACCGAAGAGCUCUUGUAUCGGCUGGCAUCGAAAGUCCGACGUCACUUGUUCUCGAUCCUCAAAUGGGCAGGAUGUUCUGGGCGGACGCGGGCUCAGCUCCUAAGAUCGAAAUUGCCUGGAUGGAUGGCUCAAAGAGGCGACCAAUCGUCACGGAGAACAUCAGGCAUCCCACAGGCUUAGCCAUCGAUCAUUUAAUGGAUCAUUCUAUCUACUGGACUGAUACAAAGCUGAAUACUAUCGAGAUGAUGAGGCACGACGGUUCCAACAGAAAAAUCAUACUCAAAGGCGAUCUACUGAAGCAUCCGCUGUCAUUGGACGUUUUCGAGUCGUCGCUGUACUGGGUCACCAGGGAUACGGGCGAGCUCGUAAGACAGGACAAGUUUGGAAGAGGAGUGCCAUUCGUUAUAUCCAAGGAUCUAGUCAAUCCCUCAGCUGUGAAAGUGUACCACCCGCGGCGCUACAACGUGUCGGCCCGCUCGGAGUGCGCGCGCGCGCCCUGCUCGCACCUGUGCCUGGCCGUGCCCGCGGGCCGCCGCUGCGUGUGCCCCGACCAGCAGCCGCCGCCCAAGCGCCUCGCGCAGGAGCUCGCCUGCGAUGCCGCGGUGGAGCCGCCGCGCCCGCUGCCGCGCGUGUGCCCGUGCGAGAACGGCGGCACGUGCGAGGAGGACGGCGCGGGCGGCGUGCGCUGCGCGUGCGGGCCCGGGGGCGCGGGCCCCACGUGCGCGCGGGCCCCGGCCGCGGCCGCCGCGCGCGCCGCCACGGCCGCCGCCGUGCUCGUGCCGCUGCUGCUCGUGCUGCUGCUGGCGCUGGCCGGCGCCGCCGCCUGGUUCGUCAUCCGGAAGAGACCCUUCGGCAAGGGAGGCGGUCUAGGCAGCCUGGCGUCGUCGCAGAGCGUGUCGUUCCGUCAGGGCUCCAACGUAGAGUUCGGCGGCGUGGCCGAGCCCGGCUACACGCUGGAGGAGACGCCGCGCAAGGGCCGCGACUUCAGCAACCCCAUGUACGACGCUGUCACCCGCGCCGUGGCCGCCGGCGAACCCGAGCCGCCCAUACGUGAGUUCAAUCACUUCUAAUUACAUUGGUUCAAU